AUGACCGAAGAAAUCGAGUGUCACAUAAUGUAGAAGUAUGAAGUAUUACAGAAAAUGGGAAAAGGAGCAUAUGGUGUAGUCUGGAAAGCCAUAGAUCGAAAAACUAAAUAAAUUGUAGCACUUAAAAAAGUAUUUGAUGCAUUUCAUAAUGCCACUGAUGCGUAACGCACAUUUCGAGAAGUCAUGUUUUUACAAGAGAUGCUACAUGAUAAUGUUAUUCGAAUGACUAAUAUUCAUAGAGCUGAUAAUAACAAAGAUCUGUAUAUAGUUUUCGAUUUCAUGGAAACAGACCUCCAUGCUGUAAUAAGAGGUGGAAUCCUUGAAGAAAUACACUAAAGGUAAAUUCUUAAACUUUUAUUUCAGAUAUAUAAUCUAUUAAAUACUCAAAGCAUUAAAAUACAUUCACUCUGCUGAAAUCAUUCAUAGAGAUCUUAAACCAUCAAAUGUAUUACUAGAUGCAGAAUGUAAUGUCAAAGUGGCAGAUUUUGGAUUAGCUAGAAGUCUUUUAAAUCAAAUUGAUGAAACUUCUAUUCUGACUGAAUAUGUAGCAACAAGGUGGUAUAGAGCUCCUGAAAUUCUACUUGGAUCCACUUAAUAUACUAAAGCUGUUGAUAUGUGGUCAGUUGGUUGUAUCUUGGGAGAAAUGAUUAAUGGAAAACCUAUAUUCCCUGGUAGUUCAACACUUAAUCAAAUUGAAAGAGUUAUUGAAGUUAUAGGUAGACCAACUACUUCAGAAUUAGAAAGUGUUUAAGCACCUUUAGCCUCUCAAAUUGUUAAUAAUAUUCCUAAAGGUUAAAGAAUUGGAUUUACAAAUUAUUUUCCAAAAGCUACUCCUCAAGCCUUAGAUUUGAUUCGUAGAUUACUUUCAUUCAAUCCUUCUCAAAGGAUUUCUGUUGAAGAAGCCUUAAGACAUCCUUAUGUUGGAGCCUUCCAUCAUGAUAAUUAAGAGAGUACUACAAAUCCAAUUAUUAUCUCUAUGGAUGAUAAUAAGAAAUUUAGUAUUAAAGAAUACAGAGAGGCAUUAUAUUUAGAAAUUAGUAAGAAAUAUGAAACAAAAUAUGAGAAUAAAUUUGAGAAUUAAUUUAAAAGCAUUGAUCAAAAUUAAUAAGAAAGGAAAAGAACUUAAAGUUUUUAACAUGCAUCUAAAAAACCUAAUGCUCCUUCUAAUUCUACUCUUCCUAGUGAAUAACCAAUAAUUAAAUAAUAAGAUACUAAUAUUUAACAUGUUUCAUAAAAUUAUCUUAAAGAAUACUUAUCAAAUUGUAAUAAAGAUUAUUUAGGAUAAUAAUAAUAGAAUGUUAAUAUGAGUAAGGAAUUUAUUAGUGGAUAAUUAUGUAAAGAAAUGAAUAAAGAAAAUUAAAAAUCUAAAAAUGCUGUAGAUAUAUCAAUUAAUAAAAUGGAACGUGAUAAUUCAAUUUCUAAAAAAUAAAUUAUGUCUCCUUGGACAUAACCCAAUUAAAAACCUUAAAUCACAACUUAAUAAUAAAGACCUCCUUCUGUUAGUGUUUAUGCUACUUUAAAUUAGGUCUCUUAAAAUCAAUUAAAAUCAUAAAUACCUUAAUAAUAAUAGAAUAAUAAUAAUGCUGUUGUAGCAUAAAAGAGAAUUAGUUCAAAAAUGCCUACUAGUGGUACAAGUACAUCUUUUUAUAUUCCUUCUGAUAAAAACAAUUCUAGUUUUAAUAAUGGUAAGAAAAUCUCAAAAGACAAUAGUUUCUUAGGGGAUCAUAAUGUUUCUACAUAAUCUAAUAAUAUACCUUAACCAUAAUAACAAAUGCAUUAAAAAAGUAUAUAUAUUAUAUAUUGAAUUUUAGCUAUGAGUAUGAAUUAUUAGACUUAUUUAAUGCAAAAGGGCAUAUCAGAUCAAAGAAGUAAAUAAACUUUAGUUAAUCAUCAAAGAACAUAGUCAUAAUUAGGUGCAAAUAAUAGUGUAUUAAUCAAUCGAUGUAAGGAAUUCCUCUAGAACAUGUAAGCUAUAAAAAAAUGA